GCAUCUCUGAAGCCAAAAACAAGAAGCCACGCUAUAGAAAAAAUCUGGUGAAAAAGUUGAAGAAUCGCAACUUAAUAAGCGCUAUCAUUGUAAACGAAGCUCGUAAGUGGAUCUGCGAAUAGCGCUGUGCACCUCGACCACUUUUUGAUUUCUCCAAAACGUGCCAGAAGCCGGACAGACCAGACUUUUAAAGGACACCCCCCCCCGCACCCCAAGCGGAAGGUUGGUUAGCAAAGAAAAAGUAUCAACGAUCCGAAAUCAAACAUGGCCGAGGACUUUGAUGUGGAGGCGAUGCUAGAGGCGCCAUACCAGAAGAAUAAUGUCAGUGCGGGCAGCGUGGGACGUGGUGGACGCCGGCGCAGCGGCAGCAACAGUCCUGGAGGUGGCCAUGAUGAUGACUAUGCCGAGAACAACGGUGGAGCACGCAACGGCAGUGGCAGUUCUAACAAAAAAUAUACCAAGCGAUCCCGCAGUCGCAGUGGGUCGCGUGAUGGCAAAUCCCGGCGAGAUCGCGGCACUGAACGCAGCAGUCACCGGGACAAGGACAAAGAGCGAGACCGAAAUCGCGACAAGCGCGCUGGCGGCGGCGACAGAGAUCGAGAGCGCGACAGAGAGCGGGAGCGUGGCGACAGGGGCGACAGAUCUCGCCGGAGUAGAUCCCGCGAUGAAAGGGGCGGCGGCGGCGGCGAUGAUCGUCGCAUGCGUUAUGGCGAUCGGGAGAGAGAACGACGCUCUAGAGACCGUCGCGGCGGUAGCAAGUCCAUGCAGAGGGAUCGGUCUAGAGACAGGCGUCGCCGAAGCCGCUCUCGUGACCAACGCAAACGGCUGAGUCCCAUCCGUGAACGUAAACGUAGCCAUUCUCGCUCAAAGGAUAGAAACAGCCGCCGGAGAGGCAGUUACUCUCCCCGCCGCCGCUCACCAGCCAAUGGAGCUGGUGGCGAUAGAACUCCUCCCACCGAGCUCAGCCCUGAGGAGCGCGAUGCCCGUACUGUCUUCUGCAUCCAGCUGUCCCAACGAGUUCGAGCCCGGGAUCUGGAGGAGUUCUUCUCCAGCGUGGGCAAGGUUCGGGAUGUCCGACUGAUCCUUUGCAACAAGACCAAGCGCUUCAAAGGCAUUGCUUACAUUGAAUUCGAAGACCCAGAGUCAGUGGCUCUGGCUUUGGGUCUUUCGGGCCAGCGAUUGCUGGGCGUACCGAUCAUGGUACAACAUACGCAGGCUGAAAAGAAUCGUCUCCAGAAUGCUGCUCCCGCAUUCCAGCCUAAGAGCCACACAGGACCCAUGCGUCUCUAUGUGGGAUCGCUGCACUUUAACAUCACCGAGGACAUGCUGAGGGGUAUAUUUGAACCGUUUGGCAAGAUUGAUGCAAUUCAACUGAUCAUGGAUACCGAGACAGGUCGCUCCAAGGGUUACGGAUUUAUUACGUACCACAAUGCUGACGAUGCUAAAAAGGCUUUGGAACAACUGAACGGAUUUGAGCUGGCCGGCCGCCUCAUGAAGGUGGGCAACGUGACUGAACGCCUGGACAUGAACACAUCUUCGCUAGACACUGACGAAAUGGACCGCACCGGCAUCGACCUGGGCGCCACAGGACGACUCCAGUUGAUGUUUAAACUGGCCGAGGGUGCCGGACUUGCGGUGCCACAGGCUGCUGCCAACGCUCUGCUGGCGACUGCCCCUCAACCGGCGCCAGUGCAGCAACAACAGCAGGCACCAUCGAUAGCUACACAGUGCUUCAUAUUGUCCAACAUGUUCGAUCCACGCACGGAGACGAACCCCACCUGGGAUGCUGAGAUCCGGGACGACGUCUUGGAAGAGUGCGCCAAGCAUGGCGGUGUGCUGCACAUACAUGUGGACACCGUGUCGCCGACAGGCACUGUCUAUGUGAAAUGUCCGAGCACCACGACGGCUGUACUGGCGGUGAACGCUCUGCAUGGACGCUGGUUCGCCGGACGGGUCAUAACAGCGGCGUAUGUCCCCCUUGUCAACUACCACUCCAUGUUUCCGGAAGCCACUAGUGCCGCCGACCUAAUUGCAUCCACGCGUAAGAACACCGACGACUAGGCGGCAGGCGAAGGGAAAUUGUUAUUAUUCGUUGCAAAAAUACUUUUUGGUCGAAAAAACACCUUUUUAUAAUUUUUUUAAAGACUCGAAGCAAGCUGAAAAAUUAGGGGCACAUCUUAAGAUACAAAAUAUACCUAUACAAAUAUAUACAAAACAAAAAUUAUGUAAAUUAGGCAUUCCUAACACGCAAAAUCGCUGUUAUUGGGUAUUUCUUUCCAAAUAAUCUUCACAUUGUUGAACUUUUUCUGAAAUUUUUUUGUAAAUCGCCUGAAAAUGCUGCAAAUUAUUGAAUUUAUUAUUGAUUACCGAUCUAAGUUUUAUUUUUCUGUUUGACCGCCAAAAAUGUAGGAAUAAAAGAAAAUAUUGGGUUCUAUUUAAGUAUAAAAAUGAGUAAAAUUUUAAAUCAUAAA